ACCUUACGAAACUAUUUCCUUAAUUUCGUAAUUGACAAACUUAUGCAAUAUCAAUUUCUUUAUGAUGACAUGUGCAAAUUGUUGUUUUAGUCGUCUCAAAACAAUUUUAUCAGUAAUCUAAUGAAGGGGGAACCGAAAGUAAAACGAACCAAGCACGAUCCAGUUUUUAUCGUUAAGAAUUCUCUCCAGAUAAAAGGACUUGACGCCGAUGAUUCGCUAAUAGCAAAUCUUCUUACAGAAUACGGUGAUAUUAGAACAGUAAUGAAUAUAUUGACAGGAGCAGAUUCCCAAGAAAUCUUUGACGUUAACGUAGAAGACACGAAUGGUGAGGAUAGCGAUGAUGAUAUCUCAUCAAGUUUACUUUACGAGGAAGUUUUACAAAUACAAAAAAUAAUGCCGAAAGAGCCAAAAAAGAAGAUUUACAAAGUUUUAGAAAGAUUCUUCGACAAUAGGGAUAGAGUACAAGCAACAAUUGAUCAUCUUGUGGAACAUCAGUCAACAGAAAAGGAAGGAAGAGCUGACAAUUCCGAAGAUUUGGCAAGAUUGAUAUCGAUGUUCCCCGAAGUACACGAACAAACGAUAAAAAAUACAUUAUUAAAAUAUCAACAUUUAGAAGAUUAUCAAGAACAAUGUACAAUUGAAUUAUCUAGCAUAGGAGAUUUAUCCAAGAUGAAGCAGGAAGAAGACAGAAUUGCAAUCGACGCUCCUAGUACGUCUAAGGAGGAAGAGAAUGUUGUAGAUUAUAGAAAUGAAGCGCUUAUAAAAUUUCAGGAAGACGUUGAAAGGCUUCGAAGAAUUUUUGUCGAUUGCGAUCCUAAUUAUAUAUUCGAAGAAUUAGAAAAUAUGGCGGAUAAUCCAAAUAGAGUUGAAAUAUUAUCAAAUCGUAUGUUCGAAGAAAAGAAGUAUCCGAAAUUGGUUGAUAGAUUAAAGAGGGAAAAGGUAGAAAGUCGUCAUAAUAGUUUAUUGAAUAAAAAUUUAGAUGAUAUGGAGAAUUUUCUAAGAACCUUUCCAGAUCCAAAAUCUACAUUUAGGGACGAAAAAGCUACGUUAAGUUUUAAUUACAAAGCCCACGUAGAAAGUGUCAUUCCAAAUUAUUUUUGUUGGAUAAAUAUACAAACUGUGAAUGAUGUAAUCUCUAAAAAUGGUCACAGUCUCGUCGAUAUUUAUCAAGAAUUGGAGAAAAUUGAUAUAAAGUAUAGCAGAGUAGCGAACGUGAAUAAGUUCAUUGUAUCUAAUGGUUUAUUCAAUAAAGAAGCAAGAAGUAAACUAAAAUUACCUCAGGAAGUCGACGAGUUCUUUUACAAUGAGCUUUUAUACGCGAAGAACGAAGAGAAAAUACUACGGUUUGUCCUUCCUACUUGUUAUUCUUCUUUAAUAUAUAGAUUUCCCUUUAUUUCUCUCUUUUUCAAUAGUUAUAUAAAUAUGAAAAAUGAGGAAAAGGAAGCUAGGAGAAAUGCAGGAAAAAUUGCAGGAAAUUUAAAUACUUGCCUUUGCUGUUAUGAUGAUACAGUUCUGGAAGAGUAUACUUAUGCUUGUAAUAACAAUUGCAAAUUUUGUGAUGAUUGCGUUAGAAGAGCGGGAGAACAUGUUCUUAGUGCAGCAGAGUGGAAAAUAGAUUGCAUGGCCGGUUGCGGUAGCGAGAUUUCUUUGAAUUCCGUUCAAACCGUAUUAAGACCGUCAACAGUGAAUGCACUUUUUGUACGAAUGCAACAAGAAGAGAUUAAGGCUGCUGGUUUGUCCGAUUUGGUUCAAUGCCCUUUUUGUGAUUUCGCUAUUAUUUUGCCGGAUGAUGGAAACAAAAUUUUAAACUGCCUUAAUCCAGAAUGUUUGAAGAGCUCUUGUAGAAAAUGUAGAGAAUUGGAGCACACUCCUUUAUCCUGCGAAGAAAUUGAAAAGGCGGACGAAACUAGAAUUAGGGCUAUGAUAGAACUGAAAAUGACUGAAGCUAUGAUAAGAACGUGUCCGAGUUGUAAGAAGAGAUUUUUUAAAGAUUCCGGAUGCAAUAAGAUGACAUGCGUCUGCGGUCAAUCCAUGUGUUACAUAUGUAAAGAAGCUAUAACUGGAUAUGAUCAUUUCACAACAAGUGGCGAUUGUUCUAAAAUAACGGAUCCGAAUAUAAUUCACGAAAAGGAAAUGGAGGAAGCACUUAAGAAAGCUAAGGAAGAGUUUGAAGAAGAAAAUCCGGGAAAAGAUCUGACAUUUAAACACAAUCCAGAACAUUUGUUAAAUAAUAUGAAAGAUCAUCAACCCCAAUUUCAUCCAUUCGACAAUGUGAAUAUUGUUGAAGAUGACGAUGAUAGCGAAGACGGCGACCUACUAUAGAAUAUAUUGAUAUAUUUUUAAAUGAAAAAAUACGGCUAUAAUAGUUGUUAUUUAUUUAUCAUAUAUAUUGUAGAAUGUUUUCCCCCUUACUUUAUUUGUUAUCUUUUCUUUCUCCCGUCUCCUCAUACAUCGUUCAACGUUUAUACGCAAUACAUAAUUGAAGAAUAUCAAGUUAAGGUUGCUAUCGAGUAAAUUAUUAAUAGUAUUAAUUACUUAGACCUUCUUAAAUGAGAUAGUAUUGAUGAAAGAUUAAGUGUAAAUCUUUUAUUAACAAGGAAAAUUCAUUAUUGCUUUUCAAGGUAAAAUUGAUUAUUUUAAUCUUCAUUUGGACUAAACACUAGAUAAUAAGUAAUUCUGCUUUUACGUAAUCUGUCAUUGUUCUCAUUUUCUAACCCGCUCUCACCCUCCCCCCUUCCCCUCUCUUUCUCUCAAAUAUUCUUCUGGCAAAUAAACUUUUUCCCCUGUCCACAAUUUCUUACAUAUAACACAGGAAUAACAAAUGGUUUAGUGGCUGCUACACAAUUGUCAUUAGCAUUAUUUGGUUUUGUAUUCAAGUUGCCAGCUAUUUGAGAAUUCAUUGUCGAUCCCAAUUUCCACCAUUUAAAGGUAUUUUCGUUUGAAAUAUCAUCAAUGAAAAUCCAUGUUUCAACGUUCUUCUCUAAAAUUUUUCCCAGAAGAAUUCCUAAUGAAACAAGUCCAUCAUUCGCAAAGAAAGGCUCGUAAUUAUACAAAUAACAUUGGUCUAAAGCUGCUUGAAAAUCUAAAAUUUCGUUGACAAGAAUAUACUUAACAUUGUCCUGUGUAUGCUCUUUUGAAAUAUCUGCAAUAGUAAUAGUUGUUGCCGCUUGCGUUGUUGGGAUAAUGGUAGUCUGUACCAUUUUGUUAGUGGUAGUUUGAAAUUCGUUCAUAUUACCAUUUCCAGUGUUAGUGAGUUGUAUAAGACGAUAUUUAGUAGCGGAAAGUGUACCGCUAAAAACAGAAGUAUUUGAAUAAAGACACGAGAAUGUUUCAAAGAUAAUGAAUAUUCUUUCAGACGUACAAUCCAUUGUUGAAAUAUCUUUAAUACAAUCCAAUCGACUUCUGGAAUAACCGAGGAAAUGAAAUUUUGAAAAAUCAAGUUGUUCAUUUGAAAUUCUUCCAUAAAAUAUUUGAGAUUCAUCUGACAAAUGAAUUAUAAUUAAGAAUGUUAAAAGAAUCAUAAUACUAAUAGAUUAUUAUUGAAAAGUUUUCUUCAAAAAACUUUCCUUCGUCCUUUCUUUGCUGAUAAUAUCGAAAAGACUGAAGAGUUUAUUAACCCG